UUUAUGAGACUUAUCUUACAACCUCCUCCAUACAUUCUCACGUCUUGACCUCCCACAGACACUCACACAGAGCCGGGCGUUUGGAUGAGAAACAGUGGGCAUGGAUCUGUCCUGAGAGGAGCUUUUCUUGCUUUUCCUCCAUAUGAGCUGCUGCUGCUGCUGCUGGAUGAUAUUAGCCCUCCCCCUCUGCACUUGUUGCGCAGACACUGGAUGCGUUGAGUCUUUGGAGAGGAGAGGAGAGGAGAGGAAGCACUGCAACAGGUGCACAAGAGAGUCUCCUCCUGAAAGGCUGCAUGACAGGAGAGAACUUUAAAUGCCAAUUUGAAGAUCUUCUGGUCACCGUGCGUAAAACAGACAGGAUGCCGGUUCUGACAAGCCCCGAUAUCGCCAACAAGUUCCAGGAGAAAUGGCUGGCGGUGUUCCCGGAGGACCAGGCCACCGGGUCGGACUCAGUCCCCAUGGAUGACAGCCUCACCAGCCUCCACUGGCUGCAGAAUUUCUCCAUCAUCAACGCGGACCCGGAGCGGCCCAACGGAUCCGGAACGGGCUGCCCGUCCUCGGACCUUUUCCUCAAGCGGCUCCCCAGAGGAGGCACCGACUCUCCGUCCAGCCCCCCCGCCGGGGACACUGCCUCCACCGGGAUGCCUCUGUACCUCGGCAGCCCCGUGACCUCCGGCAGCGACUCGGGACCGCGCUUCAUAGACUGCGUACAUCCAGGACACGGUUACGCGCAGAUCCCCAUCCAGGCCAGCCCGCCUGCGGAGGUCGACUACAAAACCAACCCUAAAGUCAAACCUCCUUACUCCUACGCGUCCCUCAUCUGCAUGGCGAUGCAGGCCAGCAAACAGCCCAAAGUGACUCUGUCCACCAUCUACAACUGGAUCACGGAGAAUUUCUGCUACUACAGACACGCAGAGCCCAGCUGGCAGAACUCCAUCCGGCACAACCUGUCCCUCAACAAGUGUUUCAAGAAGGUCCCGAGGCAGAAAGACGAGCCGGGGAAAGGGGGCUUCUGGCAGAUCGACCCGCAGUACGCAGACAUGUUCGUCAACGGCAUCUUCAAACGCAGGAGGAUGUCUGCUAACAGCUACAACAAUAAUAGUGGCUCCCACAGACAGAGCAAACUGAGUUAUCACAGCGUCCAAAACGUCUGCCCUUACCAAGGCGGGAAACGGAAGCACUUACCAGCGAAGAGCGACAAGCUGAUGAGGGCGACGGAGUCUCCUCUUUUAGCGACGGACGCUCACAAAGCGGACAUCCUGAGGGGCGACUUCGACCUGGCAUCCGUGUUCGACGACGUCCUCGGCGGGAACUGUAGCACCUUCGAGGAUUUGGACAUCAACACGGCACUGAGCGCCUUGGGUUGCGAGAUGGAGGUUUCCCUGCAGGGGAGGCAGCAUCCGGGGAGGUGGUGCAACGGAGGGGACAUCUUAGGGAACCAGUACCUGAACCACCACCAACCCUACGGGUACUUGGAUAUGAGCGGGGCGUCCCUGGACUGCAGUAUCGGGGAGAUCCACGUGCCGCAGCAGCUUCAUCCAGACCAGGAUCAGCUGAUGCAUCAUCAUCAACACCUGCAGCAGUUCGAUGAGACAUCGACGCUGUUCCCAGAGGAGGUGGUGCCCUGGGAGAGCAUUAAGGAAGAGGAGCAGGCGAUUCCUCUGACUCUGGAUCAGGGCUUCGGGCUGUGCGAGGGUUUCUUCUCAGAGAUGCAGCCAUGGGAGCGAGUGGAGGCCUAUCUGUGACCUUUGACCCCCAAAACCUCAUUGACUCCUAAUGAUCUACAUCCAAUGACCUGAACAUGUCUGAUUACUGGUCGAACGGUGAAGAGGAUAAGAACUACGGCUCAAUCAUUCUGCAAUACAUCUGUCAUUUUGUUUUCUAAUAAUGACCUACAAAACCUGAUAUUGUCAAACAUAUCUUGAACAUUAACAUGAAACUAGUUAACCAGUUCAUCUAGUUGAGAUUCCCUUGACACAAGAUCAGACUCGAGCUGUAGUGAUAAGACUUUUUGCUGACAAUUGAUUCAUUGUUAAAGUCAUUUUUAAUGCAAAAAUUGCAUAAAAUGCUGUUUCCGUCUCUCAAAUAUGGAGAUGUUUUGCUUUGUUUUAUAAUACCUUCAAGUCAAUAUCUUUGGGUUUUUGACCUGCAAAACAAGACUUUUGAAGAUAAUACCUUGGACUUUUUCAAAAACAAUAAAAAAAAAUGCAUCUAGACAUUUAAUCAGCAGAUAUUAAUAAUGAAAAGGAUCUGUAGUUGCAGCCCUAGAUCUGAUUAAGGAUUAUUUCCCAGCAUACACUCUCAUCUCUCCCUAAGGGUGUCGGGUGAUUGACAGCCGUGCGUAACAUGACACCACACUGAUAUAUCACGCACAAUGAACAGAGAAACUUUUAUAAACCAAAUGAAAGUUUCAUGUGGACUGCGAAGGAUUGUCGUUCCCACUCUUUUGGAUGAAUGGCAGCAAACGCUUUUUUCAGAAUUACGAAAAAAUCACUACACUGCAUCAACUUGGAUUUUCUGGAACUAUAGCGGCCUAAAUGUCGGACAGCUGGUGAUAAAAGCAUGCGUGGAAAUGAGUGCUGAACUGCAGCAAUUUGUCUCUUUGUUUUUUGUUGAGAUGAUGACAGAAGCAAAGUGAAGAAAAACCCGACCCUCCUUUAAAGCACUCUUCACGAAAAAGCACUGGACUGAGAAAACGUGCAGGACUCUACUUUUGCUACAUUAGCAUUUAACAUUUUUUUACUAACAUGCAGCGAAAUCAGCCAUUCAUCAUUCAUUAGAUCAGGAUGGAGACUUUAAACUCAUAGUCUGAGAUUAGUCAUUUAUGACAUUGUUGUAUAGUCGAUUUAAUAUAUAUUCACUAAAGUUUAUCGCAUGAAGCUAGGCAGGAAUAUUUGCCAUUUGACCGGAAAAUUAAACGCCUUCUUGUCAUGAAAAUCGAACAUUAUGCACUUUGAUAGGCAGCAGUUUUAGGAAAGCAAGACCGCUUUUAUUUCCUGGUUGUUUAGUUUAAUUUUUUAUUAAAAUGUUUCCUAAAAGUUUACUGACCAUAAUGAAAGUGAUGCAUUUGCUGUAAUUAUCCAUAUCAGUUUGUCUGUUAACAAUGAACUCAACGCUGCAAUAAGUCAAUGGGCAUUUUUAAUUUGUCGCUUAUAUUACUGUUUUUCUUUCCAAAUAUAUACAAAACUAGGCAUUUGUUGAUCAUAUUUCGCCAAAUUUGUUGAUGAGGAAUAUGCAGUUUAUGGUGAUCUGUGUUGUUUCAUAAGAAAAACAUCUGUUUUCUGUCACUGGGUGAUGGAUCGGUCCUUAUUGAUUUCUUUGGUGUAUCUCUAUGGUUUGUUUUCACAAAUCUGAAAUUGAAAUGUGUUUGAGAAUAUAAUAACUCGAUGAUGAGCAGAUACAUAAACUCUUAAAGGCCAGAUUUUCUUAUUUGUAUCAUAUUGAUCGAGGUUGAUACGAGCUCUUUAAUCCUACCAUGUUAUUUUAAUUUGUACUUUUUUAAGCUGUUUAAAAAUGCAAU